CAGAGUGAAAUCACAGGGUAAAGAUGAUGUUAAUCAUGAGUGGCUCUGUGCUGCUUCUGCUGGCAUUUCCAGCCGUCAUCUCUGAAGUUGUAGACUUCAGUAAGUGUAGUGAGUUUUUCUUUGAAGGAAAGUCUCCAGUGAUUCCUGGCAUUCUGGAGAAUUCAACCCCCCAGAAUGAUCGAUACAAAACGAUCUGUCAAAAAUUUAAUGACAGCUACAGAUUUACGACACUCUUUGACACGACAAAGAAGAUUCCAAUUUUCUCAGCUUACAAAUUCACCGCGGCUGCAAAAACCCCAAGACUACGAGACGGAUGGAUGAUUGAGCCUCAGCUGGAACUCCUCAAGGAUGAGAUGGGCGUGCCAUAUGAAAAUCAAGCCAUAGAUGAAGACUACUACUAUAAUAAAUGUAAUGUGGGUCGCGGUCAUUUGUUUCCCAGCUGUCAUUCACCUGAUAAGGUCUUCGCUCAAUCUACAUUCACAUUGACCAACACUGUGCCACAAAAGGAAAGCUUCAAUAGCGGCAGCUGGAAUCGCAUGGAAAUAGAGACUAAAGAUUUGAUGGGUAAAUACUGCGUCGAUGAAAUGGAUCAAAAUAAAGUUUUGGCCCAUGUGUUGACAGGAGCUGUACCUGGCAACAAUAAACUAAAUGAGAGAGUGAACAUUCCAUCAUUCAUGUGGAUGACAUUCUGCUGCUAUAACAACUCCAGUCAGUCGUGGAUCUCUCAAGCUUACUGGGCUCCAAAUGAAGAUGAAAACAAAGCAGACAACAUCACAAUUGCUGUAAGAAGCCUGCAAGAAUUACAGGAAUUUCUGAGUACAAAAUGGGUGAAAAUCACACAACUAUUUGAAAACAACUGUGCGAAAAACAGAAACAUGUACAAUCCAAUGAAAGCCAGAAGCAAAAUCAGAGAAAUAAUCAAGCUGCGUGCACAAUGCCGGCGACUAGCACUGACAGAGCGUCGCAAUCUCGCUCAUAGAUGCUUGGCUGCUUCCGGCGACACAAGCGGCUAUGUCCCAAUUCAAAGGCAGAGUCCUCGCCUUCGAAGUCUGCGUCCACCGAAGGAUUAGAGAUUUCUGUCAAAAAUGGUUUAAUUUAGCUUUUUCCAGCCUCAACUUACAAUUAUCCUGCUUUUAACGCAACAUUAAACGUUUAGCAUUUACAAACGCUUCUUAGCACACACAUAGCAGCUAAAAGUAUGCUUACAGUAUCAUCCACAAAAAGCAUGUAAUGUAAUGAAUUGUGUGUAAACUGUCUUUUUUUGCAAUAAAGUUGA